AUGGCGGAGAGUAAGUUGAACCUUCCGGAGGAUCUCAUUACAUCUACGCCGGCCGAUCAACUGUGGACUCCGAAAGCUUCACUGGGAAAAGAUGAAGACAGGGGAUUGGCUGGAUUACUGGAUGAAUCAAAGGAUCAAGCAGUGUCUGAGAGCAUUCCAUUGUCUCCUCAGUGGCUGUAUGCUAAGCCAAAUGAGCCUAAAAUGGAGACCCGUGGGCCAAGCUCUUUAUCCCUUGGAAGUUCUGCUGAUGUGAACCAGAAGGAGGUUUGGCGCUCAGAUGUGAUAGAGGAAAAAAAAGACAGGAGAAAAGUUGGUCAUGAACCUGAGGGAGUGCGCCGCUGGCGUGAAGAAGAAAGGGAAACUGGAUUGCUUGGUCGAAGGGAUCGCAGGAAGAUGGAGAGACGCGUUGAAAAUGCUCCAGCCAGAGAAUCAACUGACAAUAGAUCUUUGCCUGCCACUGAGAGGUGGAAUGAUGCUAGUGGUCGCAAUUCUGGACAUGAACAGAGGCGUGACAGCAAAUGGUCCUUAAGGUGGGGUCCUGAUGACAAAGAAAAGGAUAUUCGGGUGGAGAGAAAGACAGAGAUGGAGAAGGAAGAGCCGCAGACUGAAGGUCAAUCAUUUGUUUCGAAUACCCGUUCUGUUCCUGAACGUGAUUCAGAUUCCCGUGAUAAGUGGAGGCCGCGACACAGGAUGGAUGGAAAUCCAGGUGGGUCUGGUUAUCGUGCUGCACCGGGAUUUGGCAUUGAAAAGGGACGAGUUGAGGGGUCGAAUGUGGGCUUUACCAUAGGGCGUGGCAGGUCAAGUGUUUCUGUUAUAAGAAGUCCAUUUGCAAGUCCAAUUGGUGUUCCGGAAUAUGACAAGAAUGGAAAUGUUCUUGGGAAAACAAUUCUUGAUAGAACAUUUGUUUACCCUAGGGGCAAACUUCUCGACAUAUAUCGCAAGCAAAAGCUGGAUGCUUCUCUUGCCCACAUGCCUGAUAAUUUUGAGAAAGUACCCGCUGUAAGCCAGUUGGAGAAUGUUGAGCCUUUAGCUUUUGUUGCUCCUGAUACCGAGCAGAAGGCCAUCUUGAAUGACAUAUGGACUGGUAAGUUAACAAGCAGUGGAGCCUCUUACAGUUCACUUGAGAAGGGCAGGUUAUCUGAAAACAUGUCAGAAUUGGGGGACAAUGAAAUCAAUGAGGGAAGGCCAGCGUCCUCUGCUGACGUCGAUGAAGAGUUGCCCAACUUCCAGAAAACUUCAUUUGAUAUUCAUGAAUACAGUGUUGAUAACGUCUUCUACCAUACUUCACCAAGAAAAGAGAAAUCUGCAGAUGGUGAAGAGAAAUAUGAAGUUCCAGUGGCUAUGUUCGACAGUGUCAAAUCUGCCAUAUUAUUCGAUGCUAAUAAUAACCUUCUUGGUGAGGGGAACUCUUUGGCAUCAUCUCAGAACCAUUGGGGUGGUCAGCUACCCAAUAUUGGGAGUGGAGCAAAUGAGUAUCCGCUAGAUAGAGGGAUUCCUCCCGAGGAACUAAGUUUAUACUAUCAGGAUCCUCAAGGAGAAAUCCAGGGCCCUUUUCUUGGUGUGGAUAUCAUUUCAUGGUUUGAGCAAGGAUUUUUUGGGACUGAUUUACCUGUCCGUUUUGAAGAUGCUCCUGAUGAGGCACCUUUCCAAAAAUUGGGAGAUGUGAUGCCUCAUCUGAAAUUUCGAAAUGAGUACGAUAGUGAAGCUAAUUUAAGUUCCAAUAUUUUAGAGAAAUCUGCCAUUAUGGAGGGUACAUUGGAAACAUUACGUUCUGUUCCUGCAUCGGAUCCUUCCAAUGUAAUAGAUGGCUCAGGCUGGCAGUUGUCUGAUUUUGAUGCUAUCCCUCCACAGCAAGCUCAUCCUGGAGCAAGUGAACAUCAAUGUCAGCCGUCACAACACUUGUACACUCAGGGAGACGAUUCUCAUGAUUUUGGUGCACUGGAUGAAGAAAUUUUGUUACCUCAAAGACCUGGAAAUGGCAGCACUGAUAUAGGACAGAUGUCCAGAGGGUAUGCUGAACAUGCUACAAGCAGUGGCAACCAAACUUAUCAUACCAUUGAAAUGACAGAUUCUGUUGUGUCUAAUAAAAAGGAUAGUAUUUUGCAUCCUCUUGGUUUGUUAUGGUCUGAGCUUGAGAGUACGUCCUCGAGGAAUGAUCAGACACCCAUAUUCAGUGGGGUUGCACCAGAUAAAUUUGUAAACCCUGUUUCUGGAGGCCUUGAUCAUUUUGGUGCAAUGGCUAAUCUUAGUCAUGCCCCUGAGGGAUGGAAUGAUAGUUAUAGCAGCAGUGCACUUUCUGAUUCCAAAGUGUACCAUGGCGUUAUUGAUACUGGCCAUGUUUCAAGAGUGAACCAAGAAUACAACCAUUAUGGGUUAACAGAGAAGCUGUUGCCCCAACUUCAGCUGCAGCAGCAUCUUCAGCCACAUAAUGUGAUGCUAUCAAAUAAUAGACACUUGAAUGAAGCAAUGCUUGACGGGGGGCCCAUCUCGAAAUUGAUGCACCACAAGCAGCUUGCCAUUCAGUCGGGGCAAGAUAUGGAACAUAUCCUGGCCAUGCAGUUGCAACAGCAGAGGCAGAUGCAGCUUCAACAGCAGCAGCAACAACUACAACAACAGCAGUUCCAUCAACAACAAAUGCUGUUGAAAGAGCAACAUCAGUCUCAGGCGAGGCAAGUUCUUUUUGAGCAGCUACUGCAUAGUCAAAUGCUCGAGUCUGGUCGUGGGCAGUCACGUCUUGAGACUCUCAGGUCUGGUGCUGCUCAAGCGAUACUGAAGCAACAAAUCCUAAAUGAUCUGCAGCAGCAUUCCCAAUUCCCAAGGCAUCUGGAUCCAUCACUUGAGCAGCUAAUUCAAGCAAAAUUUGGUCAAAUACCCCAUCAAGGACAUCAAAAUGAUAUGUUGGAGCUUUUAUCUCAGGGAAGACUUGGUGAGGUUCACUCCCUUGAACAACAGAUUAUUCAGCAAGAUCAGCUACAUGGGAGGCAGCAGUUGCCGUUGGGGCUGAGGCAACGACUGGAUAUGGAAGAAGAAAAGCAAAUUAAUCCUGGAUGGUCAUUUGAUGAAGCAGGCCAGUUCCACAGGAAUCCUGUUCCUUCUAGUAGAGCUGUAUCUGCUGGGUUUGGACAUUUGGACUUCUAUUCCCAGCAAGUGCCAUCUUCCGACAGUAGGAAUCCUUCAGUACAAGAUAGACUUCAACAUGGCCUUUAUGAGCACGGCAUGUUACCUUUCGAUCGUCCGAUGCCAUUGCCUGUGGAUGGUGGAUUGAAUCGUGAUUUUGUGAAUUCCAUGACUAGACCUCAAGGUUUAGAAAUGCAGGAACAGAUUGCCCGGCUACAACCUGGUGGUUUAUCAAUGAAUGUUUAUUCUCAGCAUUCAAACCACCCUUUAGUUCCAAAUCAAUUUCAAGCUUCACGCUUGGAUACAACAGACAGUAUUUGGCCAGAGGAUAAUGGUCAAUUGUCGAGCGACUGGAUGGAGUCAAGAAUGCAACAGCUGCAUCUUCGUAAUGAGAGACACAUUAGGGAAUUGGAUGCUAAAAGGAGUAUUGAAGAAUCUAGUUUUUGGAUGUCUGCUGGAGCAAAUGAUGAUGACAGUUCUAAGCGCUUGCUAAUGGAGUUACUACAUCAGAAGUCUGGUAACCCAUCCAGUGAACAGUUUGAUGUGAUUAAUGGAAUAGCACACGAGAGGAGGCCAUCUUCGGUCCAUCAGGAAUCUGGUUUUGACAACUCAUUCACUGUUGGGUCUUAUGGUUCUGAUUCUGGUGGACAAAACCAGAAUAGAUCUUCCGAUGGUAUUACCAAAGUUAAUGAAAUUGGCGAGUUGUCUUAUAGAUCUGAAGGCAGAACAUUAGUUGAAGGAAGACCAUUUGUGGCAGACAUUGGUGAAAAUGCUCAGGGAGUAAUUUCAGAGGCUCAGGAUGGCAUAGUUGAGCAGACUCACUUGGUAUCUGUAGAUCGAGGUGAAAUGACAGCUAAUGCCCUUGUCAGGCACAAGUCACUUAGCUCCGCUGGUAAUGUUUUCGCGUUCCUUCUAUAA